AUGACCUCUGACAGCAGCACCGCCACGCCUCCGCAAGGGGGCAAGGCCAAUACUCAGAUCGAUAUCGAUGACAUCGAACUCCAAGCGCAAGGUUAUACCAGGGCUAUGCCUAGGCGGUUUUCGCUACUGUCCCUGCUGUCAAUGUCCUAUGCGCUUUUGGCAACCUGGAAUGGAUUCGGCAGUGCCUUUGGAACCGGUUUCAUUGAAGCAUCCUCAGCUGGAUCGAUAUGGACCCUUACAAUCGCUGGUGUCAUGACUGCUGUUACUGGCAUCGGCAUGGCCGAGUUGUCGUCUGCCUACCCAGUGGCAGGAGCUCAAUACUACUGGUCGUUCGUCGUCUCCAGUCCAGAGUGGGCUCCGUUCGCUUCCUACAUAUCAGCAGGCAUCAGCACACUUGGUUGGUGGCUUGGUCUUGCCAGCGUGACGAACUUCAUCUCAGCGAUGAUUGUUGGGAUUGCCCAGCUCAACCAUCCAGACUACGUGAUCGAAAGAUGGCACAUUUACCUUGUCUUCGUCGCCGUGACGUGGGCGGCGAUAGGGAUGAACGUCUUCUUUACUAAAUGGUUGCCUGCAUGGAACAAAUUCAUCCUGUAUUUCUCAGCAACAUCGAUGGUUGUCACCAUGAUUACGAUUCUUGCCUGUGCUGCUCCCAAUUUCCAAUCGGCCAGUUUCGUGUUUGCUGACACGACCAAUUCAACUGGUUGGUCCAAUGACGGCCUUGCUUUCCUUCUGUGCACCGUCAACGCUUUGUACGGCUUCCUGGGCGUUGAUUGCGGUGCCCAUCUCUGCGAAGAGAUUCCGAACCCAACAAUCAACGUCCCGAAAGUUAUCAUGUAUCCAGUCUUGAUGGGAUUCGUGACAGCAUUUCCGUUCGCGAUCUCACUGUCUUUUGUGAUUACAGAUUUUAACAGCGUCAUUGCCACUCCAACCGGACUGCCCCUUAUCGAGGUCUAUUAUCAGGCCACGGGCAGCAAAGCAGGGACGUCGAUCCUCAUGGUUGCGUUUGCGAUAUGCUUCUUCGGAUGUGCCACGGCCAACAUCACCAGCUCAAGCCGACAGAUGUGGUCCGCAUCCCGGGAUGACUGCUUUCCCUUGUCGAGAUACUGGAAGCAAGUUCAUCCGCGCUGGGAAAUGCCUUUCAAUGCUGCAUGUCUUUCCGGCGUCCUUGUAACACUGUACGGUUUGAUAUUCAUCGGGUCAUCGGCUGCAUUCGCGUCCAUGGUUGGAGCCACCAUCGUUUUCAUGACGACUUCCUACGUACUACCUCAGGGAAUCCUCGCGUGGCGUGGUCGUGACAAAAUCCUACCCCCUCGAGCUUUGAACUUGGGCAAAUGGGGCUUACCGUUGAACGUGUUGGCAUGCGUCUGGGUGGUUUUCAUCGACGUCAUCUAUUGCAUUCCAACCGCCUAUCCGGUGACUCUGGAGAACAUGAACUGGAUCAGUGUAGUUACUGUUGGAUUGGUAUCAUUCCUCUUGAUUGCCUGGUACGUCAGCCAGAGACAUGUUUUCAAAGGCCCAAAUAUCAACUACGAGAUGCUUCAAGCUGCUCGACAAGAUGAGCUUGCCGGGCAUCGGACCAUUGAGGGUUUGGCUGUCGGAGCAGGAGAUGAUGCUGUCAUUGAGGCGCUGCGGAAGCAUUCUGUGGCUUCGGGGAAGAAGGAUUGA